GUGGACUGCACGCGGCGCGCGAAUUCAUGAGAACAUCCAAACAAAGAAUUCUGAAUGAAAGUACCUAGAUUUGGGCACGUGAGUCAGCCUAUAGACUAGUUCUAGAUUGACAUGUUCAGUUAUCAUGAAUAAAACACUGCGUUUGAAGUGUCACUUGGAAUAGCCUACUCCUUCGUUCACCCAUGUGGACAUCGACUAGAGAGCGCAGUGCUCAUGCGGUAGCCCACGGCUGCUCCAGGACAUUCCCAUCGCUGCAACUGAGCAUCCCACAUCGGAGCGUCUGAUAUGGCUGGCUUAUUUGGCAAAGGGACGAACGAGUCAUGUCCUUAGAGAACAUUUUAAUUGCGUUGGCCAUUUAACACCCAAACUAAAAGCCUGAAAAGACUCGAUCUGGAGUGCUCGCGAUAUUUUUUACCUGCAUCUCUGAGGACUUGGAGACGACACAACUUUUCCUUUUGGGACCCACAUCUGUAUGACGAAGAAAUGCGACGUGUUUCUACUUUGCCUCAGUUUAUCAUCUUUAUUUAUUAAGUUUUCACGCGUUUGCUUAUGUGAGGGUUGAGAACAGGUUUACAAACGCAGCUCCUGAAAAGUUGAAGGACAGUUAGCAGCCAGUUCUAAUGCAAAGGUCUUCACGUGCCUUUAAGUAUUGCUGGUGAGGAAGCAAACCACAGACAGAUUUCCCCAAAGAGCAUUUGGUACCCUGAAGAGUGAAAACGCAGAAAUGUUGAUGAAGGAAUAUAGAAUCUGUAUGCCGCUAACCGUGGAGGAGUACAGGAUCGGGCAGCUGUACAUGAUCAGCAAGCACAGCUUGGAGCAGAGCGAGCGCGGCGAGGGCGUGGAGGUGGUCCAGAACGAGCCCUACGAGGACCCCACGCACGGCCUGGGACAGUUCACCGAGAAACGCGUCUAUCUCAACAACAAGCUGCCAAGCUGGGCGAGAGCUGUGGUGCCCAAGAUAUUUUAUGUGACCGAGAAGGCCUGGAACUAUUACCCACACACAAUCACAGAGUACACAUGUUCCUUUUUGCCAAAGUUCUCCAUUCAUAUAGAAACCAGAUAUGAGGACAACAAAGGCAGUAAUGACAACAUUUUCGACAACAUUGAGAGAGAUGAAGGGACGGAGGUGUGCUGUGUGGACAUCGCCUACGAUGAGAUCCCUGAGCGUCACUACAAAGAAGCAGAGGACCUGCGCUACUUCAAGUCUGAGAAGACGUCUCGGGGCAUGCUGAAGGAGGACUGGAUGGACACCCAGGACCCCAUCAUGUGCUCCUACAAGCUGGUUACCGUCAAGUUCGAGGUGUGGGGCCUGCAGACCCGCGUGGAGCAGUUUGUGCACAAGAUGAUCAGGGAUGUCCUUCUCUUGGGUCACAGGCAGGCCUUUGCUUGGGUGGAUGAAUGGAUUGACAUGUCGAUGGAGGAGGUGCGUGAGUACGAGCGCGUCACGCAGGAGGCCACCAACGAGAAGAUCGGCUCCUUCCCACCAUCCAUCACCAUCAGCAACACCCCGCUGGCCUCCUGUGGGCCCUCCAGCGCCCCCUCCACCCCCCUCACCACCGAGCCACCCGACUUCCUGCCCCUGCCCAAGGACCUGCCCCGCAAGAAGUCCGCACCCGAGACCCUCACGCUGCCCGACACCUCCGCCCGCCGCGGCUCCUCCUACCGGCUGCCCAGUCUCUUCUUCUGGCCCAGCUCUUCGCAGAACGAGUGAGGGAGAGAGUGGGAGACCUCGGGUUCUUCCCACCCAGCUUUCUGCAGAACGAAUGAGAGUGAGAGUGAGAGUAUGACUGAGAGAAGGAAAGGAGGAG